AUGCCACUUUUUGGCUGGAUGAAAUGGCCAAAAUACAAUUCCUACAAAUCCACACACUACCCUGACUCAGAAGUAGUGACAAAGACUCUGCUUCGGGAAUUAAAAUGGCAUCUAAAGGAACGAGAGAGGUUAAUACAAGAGAUCGAAAAUGAGCAAAAAGUGAAAAAAACAGGUGUGGAUUACAAUUGGCUGAGAAACUAUCAGAAUCCCCACGCAACCAUCCCAGCUACUGAACAAAGACAACUUGAAGUUCUUUGCUCACAGGUUCAACCUUGUCAAACUGGAGCUAUUCUCAGCAGAUUUCGAGAAGUUCUGGCAGAAAAUGAUGUACUGCCAUGGGAAAUUGUCUACAUCUUCAAGCAAGUUCUGAAGGACUUCUUAAGUAGUACUGACAAAGGCAGUCAGCAAGAGGGCCUGGAGGAGUCACAGAGCACAGCCUGUCCUGUUCGCUCCGUGAUCCCAGGAGAAAGCUCCAGGAGUCCAGAAAAGGAUGAAAUACCCACGAUUUCAAGUUACGUAGACAAAAACACAAAGAACAGGCUCCCAACAUUUUCACAGAGGAUAUGGAACCUACCAUAUUAUUACCCAUCAAGUUAA